AUGAUUAAUGUGAUAAACUAUGACACAGUAUUACAGGAAUUGUAAUUUUAUAUUUAUUAUGAAGACAAGCUAAGCGUAAGUAUCUCGAUGAGGAUAUUUAAAAUAUGAUAAAUUAAAAUGAGAAUAAAAUCAAUUAGGCUUUAAUUAAAUUGACAACGGAAUAAUUAAAAUAGUUAAAAUCUGAAAAGUAAAGUUUAUUAUAUGAAUAUUUGGUUAGAAAUUCUUAAAAACAAAAAUAUACUGAUUAUAUGAAUUAAGUUAAUGAAAUUUUGGAAAGAAAUAGAAAAAGGUAUUAAAUUAGAAAUUUUAAUUAGUCAAUUAAAUUUUAAUAUGAAAGAAGACAAAUUAUACUAGAUUAAAACAAGUCUUUAGCCUGAACUAUUAGCUUGUAUACCCUCAGUGUAUAAUAUUAAAAUAUAAUAAGAGGCUUGCGUCAUAAAAGAUUAUUACAAUAGGAAUAAGUGGAUGUAAAAAUAAGAAGGCAUAAAAAUCAAAAUGAAGAAAGACUUAGAUAAUAAUAAUUUCUUAGAGGUAGAGGAGAUUAGGAAAUGAAAGAGAUUUCAUAGAAUUUAUCUAAAUAUGCAAAAAAUAAUGAAAGGAAUUCACCUUAAUAAGAAGAUAAUUUUGAAAAUGGUUCUCUUGUUAUGUCUAAAAGCUUUAAUUAAUCAUAGUAAAGAUAAAUCUAAUAGUAAUCAUAAUAAUUCCCUGAAAAUUAAACUCCUGUUGUUUAAAAAUAAUUCUAACAGAAAUUAUUAAGAGGUUAAGUAUCAUCUAAACUAUAAUAUGAUGGUUAUGAUGAAGAGGAUGAUGAUUUAAACUGA